CACGUGCCAGAAGGAGACUAGAAAACAAAAAGAGACAAUGAGAGCAAAAUUAGAGAGAGAGAGAUAACGGUAGCGUAGCAAGAAUCAAACGUCAUCACCGUCUCCGAAAUCAAGAAGACAGCGAGAGGGGAGAGACGAUACCGAAAUUCUCAGAUAUUCUCCCCUAUUUUCCCAUUUCCUUUUCCUUCCUUUCUCUUUCUUGAUCACGGAAAAGGUCCAAUUUUUCUCUCUUAUCCGAAACAAAAUCGCAAGAAACGACGGCAAAAAAAAAAAAAAAAAUACGAUGGGAAAAAGAAGUGGGAAGCGCCGGCAUUAGAAAGAAAGAAAGAUUUCUUUAGGUCGCUGCAAGAUUUAUGCUUGGUUUCUGGAUCAAACUGAGGGAUCUCCAACGCGCCCUGCUGGUAUUGCGAAUCUAGUUCAGCUGGCUCGAGAUCUUCUUCUAGGGUUUUUAGCUGGGGUUCUAGGCUGUUGGAUUUGAUUCGGUUGGAUCUGUGGAAUGGCGUUGUUUCGGAAGUUCUUCUACAAGAAGCCGCCCGACGGGCUCUUGGAAAUAUCGGAGAGAGUUUACGUGUUUGAUUGCUGCUUCUCCACUGAUGUCUUGGAAGAGGAUGAUUACAAGGUAUACAUUGGAGGCAUUGUAGAGCAACUCCGAGAACAUUCUCCAGAUGCUUCCUUCAUGGUCUUCAAUUUUCGGGAGGGGGAGAGGGAAAGCCAAAUAGCUAGCAUUCUGUCUGAGUAUGAUAUGACUGUGAUGGAUUACCCUCGGCAUUAUGAGGGGUGUCCAUUGCUCAAAAUGGAGAUGAUCCAUCAUUUCUUGAGGUCCAGUGAGAGCUGGCUUUCUUUAGGUCCACAUAACGUAUUACUGAUGCAUUGUGAGCGAGGCGGCUGGCCAGUUCUGGCUUUCAUGUUAGCGGCACUUCUGGUAUACCGAAAGCAGUAUACCGGUGAGCAGAAAACAUUGGACAUGAUUUAUAAGCAAGCACCACGUGAGCUCUUGCACUUGUUGUCUCCCCUGGAUCCUGUGCCUUCUCAGCUAAGAUACUUGCAAUAUGUUUCAAGGAGGAAUGUUGCCUCAGAGUGGCCUCCACAUGACAGAGCACUUACUUUGGACUGCAUUAUGCUCAGGAUGAUUCCAAACUUUGAUGGUGAGGGUGGCUGCAGACCAAUGUUUCGGAUUUAUGGCCAGGAUCCCUUUGUUGCUUCUGAUCGGACUGCUAAAGUUUUGUUUUCAACUCCAAAAAAGAGCAGAUGUGUCCGGCAUUACAGACAGACAGAUUGUGAACUAGUCAAAAUUGACAUCCAUUGCCACAUUCAAGGAGAUGUUGUUCUUGAGUGCAUUAGCCUGGAUGAUGAUCUAGAACGUGAAGAGAUGAUGUUUAGGGUCAUGUUCAAUACAGCCUUUAUACGAUCAAAUAUCUUGAUGGUCAACCGUGAUCAGAUUGACAUUCUGUGGGAUGCUAAGGACAGAUUUCCAAAAGAUUUCAGAGCAGAGGUUCUUCUCUCAGAAAUGGAUGCAGCUUCAUCAGUUAUCACCACGGAGUUGAAUAGUGGUGAGGAAAAAGAAGGCCUUCCGAUCGAAGCUUUUGCCAAAGUGCAAGAAAUGUUCAGCAAUGUGGAUUGGCUAGAUGUGAAGGGGGAUGCAGCACUUCAUGUCCUUCAACAAUUAACAUUGUCAAACUCUUUUCAAAAGAAAUCUGAUGGAGUUUCUCCACGGAAAGUAGAGACCCAUAGCAUGCCACAGCAACCAAGCCCUCUCAAACUCACUGAGAAAGCAGAUUAUGAUGAAAUCAGUAAUAAUGCUGUCUCUGAUGUUAACAUGAUGCCUCCAUCUUUGAUGUCAUAUUCAAAUAGUGCUGCUUCUGGCUUAAGUGAACCUGCAGGAAAAAAUAUAUCUAUAGGUUUGCCAUCAUCACCAUCAUCACCUCCAUCUUUUUCAGCAAGCUCUAACCAAAAAACUUCAGUAAUUCCUCCCCCUCCUGCCCCACCUCCUCCUCCUCCUCUUGCUACCACCUGUAGUGUUAGUAUUACCAUUUUGCCAUCCCGAUCAACACCACUGAUAACAACUCCACCUCCACCUCCACCUCCACCACCUCCGCCUCCGCCUCCACCUCUACCCUUGAUUCGACAAUCAAUAGUGCCAUCACUGCCACAGUCAUCAUUGUCAUCACCACCACCACCUGAACAUCUUCCACCUUCAAAACCAGUGACUACUAUACCUCUCCCGCCUCCUCCUCCUCCUUUCUUAGGGGCUUCAUCCACUCAUCAACGACCUUCAAGCAAUACCUCCACCAAGCUAUCAUCCACUCCACCCCUUCCUCCUCCUCCUCCACCACCGCCUACCUCAUCAACUCCACACACUCCUGCUCCACCUAUAAAGAAACCAGGUGGUCUGGUAGGUGCCCCUCCACCACCCCCACCCCCUCCUUCACGUCCUGGAACUGCUCCGCCCAUGGGUUCACCUGCAGCACCGCCCCCACCUCCACCACCUCAAUUUACACCAAAGCAAUCCACUGUUUCUACUUCACCAAAAUCAUCACCUGUCCCACCAGUGCCGCCUCCUCCUAUAUCCAGUCGGGGCUCUCUGAAGUCUGCUCAAUCUAAUUCUAUGGGGAGUAAGGGAACUGGCAGUGAAUUCAUAUCUCCACCUGCUGCACCACACAGUUCUUCAUUGGGUGUUAAGGGACGUAGCUUGACACGUGCCAAAAGUCCUAGGAGUUUGCAUUCCACCCAGUUAUCAUCCAAAAGGACUUCUCUGAAGCCUUUACAUUGGGUUAAAGUAACAAGAGCUAUGCAGGGUAGUUUAUGGGCUGAAGCACAAAAAUCUGAUGAAGCUUCCAAGGCUCCAGAGAUCGACAUGUCUGAACUUGAGAGUCUUUUCUCAGCGGUGGUGCCAAAUUCAGAAUCUGGUCUGGGUGAACGAUCGAGGCGGCGUUCCUCACUUGGGGCCAAACCUGACAAAGUCCAUCUGAUUGAUCUUAGAAGGGCUAAUAAUUGCGAAAUAAUGCUUACAAAGGUUAAGAUUCCAUUGCCCGAUUUGAUGAGUUCAUUGCUUGCUCUUGAUGAUUCUGUUUUGGAUGUCGAUCAAGUGGAUAACCUCAUAAAGUUCUGUCCAACAAAGGAUGAGAUGGACCUACUCAAGGGUUAUAAUGGUGAUAAAGAAAGCUUAGGGAAAUGUGAGCAGUUUUUUUUAGAGUUGAUGAAGGUACCAAGGGUGGAAGCCAAGCUGAGAGUCUUCUCCUUUAAGAUACAAUUCCGUUCCCAGGUUGCUGACCUCAGAAGUAGCUUAAACAUUAUUAACUCUGCAGCAGAAGAGAUCCGAAAUUCUAUGAAAUUAAAAAGAAUCAUGCAGACAAUUCUUUCUUUGGGAAAUGCAUUGAACCAGGGAACUGCCAGGGGUUCUGCCAUCGGAUUUCGGUUGGAUAGUCUUCUCAAACUCACCGAUACACGUGCACGCAAUAACAAAAUGACUCUCAUGCAUUAUUUGUGCAAGGUUCUUGCUGAUAAACUUCCAGAAGUUCUUGAUUUUGACAAGGACCUUGUGAGCUUAGAAGCUGCGUCAAAGAUACAAUUGAAGAUUUUGGCAGAGGAAAUGCAAGCAAUAAGCAAAGGAUUAGAGAAAGUUGAACAAGAAUUGACGUCAUCUGAAAAUGAUGGUCCUGUAUCUGCUACUUUUCAUAAGACUUUGAAGGAGUUCCUUGUUGUUGCUGAAGCUGAAGUGAGAUCCCUAACUUCUCUUUAUUCUGGGGUGGGUAGAAAUGCAGAUGCAUUGGCUCUUUAUUUUGGAGAAGAUCCUGCACGUUGCCCUUUUGAGCAAGUGGUCUCCACACUUCUCAACUUCACAAAAAUGUUUGGACGUGCCCACGAAGAAAACUGCAAGCAGCUAGAGCUGGCGAAGAAGAAAGCUCAGAAGGAGGCAGAUAAUGAAAAUUUGAAGCUGGCUUCUCAAAAGAGGGAAACAGAAAAUGCAUUGCGGCCUCCAAUUAGAAGUGGAGAGACUCAAUAAUCGAAAGCCUAUCCAACUAACAACUGAAUAAUUAUUCCAUUCUGUAGACAAAAUAACUCCUGCUCCAUGACCAGGCACGAACAAUAUGAUUGAAAUAGAGGAAGUUACAAAUCAGAGAUGAAUAAGCUUGGUUGGACAUAAUAUUGUCCAGUGUAGAGGUAAGUGUUAUUACCACAAUUUUCACAGUGUGUAGUUGUUUAUACUUUUAUUUGAUCAUAUUAAUUCAAUUAUGCUGUCCAAUUUUUCGCAUGCAGCUUGUCUGAUAAAAGGGGAUGGAUAGUUCAGAGAAAUCCCCAUCUUGUAAGAUGUAUAUUAACUGGAAUCUAUUCACUGUAAGAUAUUGCAAAGUCGAGCUCUAUAUGUUUGUUUAACCUGAAUUUUUUUUCCCAUACGUAUCUUUUGUGUAUAUUUUUUUUGUUUCUGAUAGUGGAUGUACAGUAAUUGGACAAAAUGUAAACUAAGAGAGCUGUCAUUCUUUGUUUUUGUCUCCAUACACCUAAGCUCCAUCAGUUCAACCGACGUCCCUUAAGGGUUGUCUUUCAUCAGCGAAUUAAAUUAUCACACAACGUAGAAGCAGCAUUGAAGUUCAGUUUUACAUGGAUUAUUGGCAUUCUAAUUGGAAGAAUUGAAACGCCAACAUUGAUCCGUGAACAAAUUCAGGCAAAAGGGAAUGCAAUUGCUGCAAGCUGGGAUUCAAUAUGUUCUCCAAGUUCUCAUCCAAUGUCUACCAAGCCAUUAUGGCCUUGUGCUCCAUGAUUGUUGAAAAGUUCUGUCAUUCAAGAUCUAUCAAAAAUUCAAGGAUCCAUGAUUUAUUCAUGAAUAAUAAAUUGCUGUUAUUUACUAUUCAUGAGGCAUUAAAGAAAAUCCUUUCUUUCA